CUUUGAGCUACCUCUAGUCAUAAGUAACAUCACACAGCUUCUGCAGUCGUUUUCCAAUCAUCCAUCACAUUAUUCCCAUCAAUAACUGCCAUCAUGAGCACUCCAUCUCGAGUCCAUGAUCUGAUGAUCGUUUUCGAUGCCAUAACAGGCGGGAGCGUCGGUGUUACGGCGUUGAAAGAAGCCAUUCCCGAUAUUAUCGACUUCGUGGCUCUUGCUGACUGCUUUGAGCGCAUUGGAGUCCUAGCCUAUCGUAAUUAUACUUCUGAUAACGUGAUACAGUGGUCAGGAUGGUGCUUUCCUUUUAGUGCCACCAGCACUCCGAGUCAAGACGACAUACUCAACUUCGUUAAAGCUUUAGAGGCGCCUGAUGACUCCGAGUACAAGUCAAAUCCUGCUUCAAAAGCGGCUCUUGCCAAAGCGUAUCAGGAGAUGAGAGCGGGUCAGAACGCGACUAUCCUCCUUCUUUAUACCCAUGCUCCUCCCAUGUUCGAGCAUACCAUGUCCGAAGCCGAUAUUGAGAGAUCCUGCGGCAGGUACUCUGACAACCUCGAGAAAACCAAUACUCUUGCUGGGCCACGCAGCUGCCUCCGUGUCCGAUAUGACAGUGUCAACACCGACAACGGGCAAUUCAGCAUAUACACAAGCAGAAACUUGGCCAGGAAGUAUAUUGAUGGCGAUGAAGACUACAAAAACGUCAUUGUGGAACAGCUUGAUCGAAUUAUCAGCACCAAUGUAUCAGUCAUCGCUAUCCAUCCCUUUUACGGGCAACUUUGGCGCGCUGUCUGUAGCGACCAAACUGGCAACAACAACAUAAAGAGAAGCCUCUUGGGAAAGUUUAGAGCCCAGGUUAGUCAAAUACCCGAUGCAAGAGACAAGAAGCAAGCACAGACUUGGUUGGAAGAGUCGUAUACCUUUUUCCAUGAGAUCAAUGAGGAGAUCUCAGCUCUUCCUGCAAAUCGCCAAUUCCCACUUGUAUGUGUAGAUCCAGACACGAUCGAUUUACAGGGAAAUCAGUACGAUGCAGCCCUUACUCGUGCACAGCUACUCAACAUCUGGAAGUCGUGCGACAUGGAUAUUCUGGGACGCUUGGGAAAUGUUCUGAUCCGGAUGCAUUACGUUCAACAGGAGAAAGAUAUGCCUGCCAAUCGUCCAGCUUCUCUCCUUGCUGCAUUUGUCACAAGCCGGGGGAUAAUCCCAUUAAUCGAUGCAGCUCUCCAUCAGCUCGUGGCAUUUCGGUACAAGUGGAUCACGACCGAGAAUCCCGAAACGUGGAGAUUUGAGUAUUUGUCUCUCUUACUCGAAGCAGACCGGGUUUUAGAAAAAAGGCGUUCGCUUCAACCCGAUCAAGAGAGCAUUCUCAGAGGUGAAGACCGUAAACUCCUCCAGACGCUGGUGGAUUACCAGAAGCUUGAGAAGAGUCUCACGGUUAAGCUGUCUGUGAAGACUGGUUGGCGUCCAAGCAAUGCAGAGGCAGCGGUAAUUCACGCGGAUAUAUGUCAGAGAUGCAAUCGUCGCCGUUCAGUCACGGUGAUGACUUCGUACUGUACAUGCCGCUAUUGUUCCGCUGGCCGCAAUCCCAUCGACGCACCUGAGGAUCAUGACGAUAGCACACCUGUGCUUUGGACUGAAUGCGGUUCUUGUCAAGCUCAGUACGUCGUUGACGACGAUGACAAAGAGAAACCUCCCGAGUGCUUCUACUGCGAAAGCGGAAGCGCGGCGCCAACCGUGCAAUGUUCCGAGUGUCUCAGCCGAAUUAUUUGGCCCAAGGAAAUUGACCUCAAAGAUGUUGAUCCGAGCAAUUUCCAAUGCUGUGCCUGUGUGUUGGGUGUAUCUACUAUCAAGAGCCGCGAAACGACUGUAGGUGACCUGGUCAAGCACAACAUAUCAAGCUUCCUCAGAAACGAUGACAAUGUCAUCAAAACCCCCCUACAAGGGGAGUCUUUAUUCCAUAUAACAAGGGACUGUGAUUUGGCUCAUUUCUCCAGCAAGGUUGAAGUCAUGCCUGAUAGCAAUUCCCCUUUGGAACUGGACGGCAAGUUUAUUCACAACCAGACCGAGUUGAAAAUGAAGCUCCGGGACAUCAUCUUACCUCAAGAAAUCAAGAACUGUGCACAUUGUUUGGAGGAAAAUUCGAGUCUACAAUCUGUAUGCACAGAUACAACAUGCGUUACUGUGAUGUGCACCGACUCUGUGAUUCUUGACGAAGAUUAUGAAUAUCGACAGUACAUGCCAGGAGACCUCUGCUAUCCGUCCCUAGGAGUGAACUCACGAGUCACGCAACAAGAGAUGACUACAUUCACAGUCAACCUCGAUCAAGCAUUUGCUGUUGGAACUGUCCCCCAUGGAGGCUAUAUAUCGGCCAUGUUCUUGCGCGCGGCGAGUAUCUACCUUGCACCCUACGAGCAACCUGAUACAUUCGCUGCUCAUUGGCAUUUCCUUAGUGCCACGCAUAUCGGUCCAGCUGUGCUUAUAGUGGAGGAGGUUCGAAGAGGCCGGGCGUUGUCAAUCCUCCAUAUUACGCUGUAUCAAGAAGGUCUCUUGUCCGAGAGCCCUUGGAUAUCUAAUAAGUCUAAGAAGAAGGUCGCGGCAUAUGUCACGAAUACUUUGCUCAAUGGUGAACAAGGCCUCAGUCUGCCAACUGGCUUUGAACUCUCUGCGCCGCCUCCUUCGGUCGACUUGACCAAGCUCGCAACAGAUGAAGACCCCAAUUGGGAGCGUUUACACAUGGUUGUGAUGGAUGUAGCACCCAUGAUGCAACACGUCGAGUUCUACUCCCCCAAGUACAAACAAACACCACCAGCAACAUGGGAUCUCUGGCUCCGCAUGUCCAACAACGAACGCUGGACAACAUGGGCACUCGGCUACAUCGCUGACGUCGCGCCCGCACUCAUAAUCGAGGGCUACCGACCAACAGACUUGGAUGCACCAGUUCCUGAAGACAGAUUUGCAUUUGACAAGAUCUUUUGGAUGCCCACGGUUUCGAUGAGCUUGGAUGUCAAGAAAGCGUUGCCAAAAGAGGGUAAGGAGUGGUUGAGGAUACGGAUCAGUGCAAAGGUUAUCAAGGAUGGGAGGUAUGAUGCUGAGGUUAUUGUUUUUGAUAGGGAGGACGAUGUUGUGGCGUUGAGUAAUCAUGUUGCGCUGGUACUGGAUGGGGAGAGGAACUGGGGACGUAAGGAGAAGCUGUAGGGUGGCUCCAAUUCGACAUGAUACAUAGUUGUUGACCGAGGUUUUCCAGGCUUGCGAGGCCUGCCUCGGGGUAGAGUUAGGUGUGUUUAAAAUAGACAGUCGGCUACAAUAUUACACGUUCU